AUGGAGUUAAGGCGUCAUCAGUCGGUCUUGACUGAAACUUCCAAACGAGCCCUUGCAACGAACAAGGGCCAAUCAGAGACUUUGAAGUCUACAUUUGGAACACUUGAGAGUGACUUUAAAGCAAAAUGCCACAUAGUGAACGCCGAGCAAGCGAGGUUUGUUCGUAUGAUAAAGACGAAGCUUCCAGCGAUUAAGGUGGCUUACAAUGAUGAAACUGGAUCGACUCGUCGCCAGUUUUCUCCAUCCUCAACGCCCCCCAUCUCCCCACCGCUUGAAAGGAAAACGUCAGGUCUACCGUCUCUGAAUCAAGGGCAUACACCUCUUGCUCGUCGAAGAUCCAGAUCGUUCUCAGACUUGGUACAAGCAGUUAAAGAACAAGAAAAACUAGCGCUGGAGAAGAUGACUCGACAUAAAUCUGCUGAACAUCUUCAAGAAAACGAAGGAGGAAACGAGCAAAGAAUGAGCAUUGGAAAUCGGCCAAGGAGUCACUCAGACAUUGACCACUCAUGGGACUUUUACGCCGCUAAACAGGGUGAAGACGGUAGCAAAUGCUUACACUUGAGUCUACCCCGUAGACAGAAAUCAUUUGAACAUAUUCGAUUAAUAGAGGGUGAAAACGAACACAGGAAAGUUGUGGGGAAUCGACCAAGAAGUCUCUCGAAUAUAGAACAGACACGGAACUUAAACGUUGACAAACAUGAACAAGAAAGUAAAAAACGCUAUUUAAGUAUACCCGUUCGAAAGCAGUCAGCACCGAUUUCUCCGGUGCUUACUUUGAAAUCGCACACGUACACCCACGCUGAAACUCGUGAGUUGACGAACAAGAAACCGCUUUCUAAACAACUGGAAGAUGUAAAAGAUUUACGGUAUUUAAGAUCUGGAAAGUACUCAAGCGAGACCAUGGACAUGAAUUCGAACAUGAGCAAUGAUUCACCUGAAUGGUAA